AUGCGGCUGGCAUUCCACCGCCCAGAGAAACUACAAGGAGCUGUUGAGCUUACAAUAAAUUUGGAAGAUCACACCAUCAAAUGUAGAAGUUCCGAGGAGGGAAAGAAGGGACACCCACCGUCCGGCCAAGCUAGAGAUGAGGAGCCAGACGAAGCGAGUUUUGAGCGUAGGCGCCUCGGCGCGCUGCGCACGUCCCGCUGCGCACGCCCCGCCCUCCGCUCCGCCCGGGAAGGCGGGCGCCGUUUGACCCCGCCGCCGCGCCGUAGGUCAGGCUGCACGCCGCCGGCUGCCAUGGCGAACGUGUCCGAGCGGACGCUGCAGGUGUCUGUGCUGGUGGCCUUCGCGUCUGGCGUGCUCGUGGGCUGGCAGGCGAACCGGCUGCGGAGGCGCUACCUGGACUGGAGGAAGCGGAGGCUGCAGGACAAGCUGGCGAUGACUCAGAAGAAGCUGGACCUGGCCUGAGACCCCCGCGCCGUCGGACCCCGUGCGCCCCCGCGCGCCCAUCUCGCCUUGCGCUUGCGGGGACAGCGAUCCGUGACCCACAGGGUCUCCUUACACUCUGCCUGCAGCGCCUUGCUCUUUUUGGAGAGUCGGUGAGCAGUACUUACGCAGUUUGUCGAAGAUGGAUACAGAACACUGGACAGAUCUAAUUUCCCUUUGCACUGAGUCAAUUUUAUUUUCAAAAUAAAAAAGAAAUUAAACCUC